CUUCUGAGAAGAGCAGGUUUCCUGAUGCUCUUUAAGGCUGACUCAGGAAGAAAACUGGGGAGUGACAAGGGCUGCUGAGAACUGACAACUUGUCCUCUGGCUGCUGAGUCUGCCCCACCGCCAGGUUACCAUGGCAUCUGAAUCCACCAUGAAGGCCCCCAUUUGUCUGGUAGAAAACUUGGAAGAGAAGAUGAUGGUGAAUCCAAAUGCAUUACAGAUUCUGGAAAACAUUUCUGAGCCUGUGGUGGUGGUGGCCAUUGUGGGGCUAUAUCGUACAGGAAAAUCCUACCUCAUGAAUCGUCUUGCAGGAAAGAAGCAGGGCUUCCCUCUGGGCUCCACUAUAAGGUCUGAAACCAAAGGCAUCUGGAUGUGGUGUGUUCCCCACCCCUCCAAGCUGAACCAGACCCUGGUCCUUCUGGACACUGAGGGCCUGGGAGAUGUGGAAAAGGGUGACCCUAAGAAUGACUCGUGGAUCUUUGCCCUGGCUGUGCUUCUGAGCAGCACCUUUGUCUACAACAGCAUGCACACCAUCAACCACCAGGCCCUGGAGCAGCUGCACUACGUGACUGAACUAACAAAGCUAAUCAAGACAAAAUCUUCCCCAGGAACUGAGGAAGCAGGGAGUGCUGCUGAGUUUGUAAGUUUUUUCCCAGACUUUAUUUGGACUGUACGGGAUUUUGCAUUGGAACUGAAGUUAAAUGAACAUGUCAUCACAGAAGAUGAGUACCUAGAGAACGCCUUGAAGCUGAUUCCAGAAACCAACCCCCAAAUCCGCAAUUCCAACAUGCCUAGAGAGUGUAUCAGGCGUUUCUUUCCCCAACGGAAGUGCUUUGUCUUUGACCGGCCUACCAGUAACACAAAAGAUUUACUUCAUCUGGAAGAAGUGCCAGAAGAC